CCUAGUCAAUUUCCUUCCAGCGCCAGCCGCUACACCUCCUCCCUCCUCGUCCUCUCGCCUCUCCCCGCUCCAGUUCUUUUUUCACCACUGCUCCGCCCUCGCGCCGCCGCCGUCUCAGGUGAGCCGCGCGCAUCUCUCUCCGCCACGCGCGCGCCUGCCUCACCAAAACCCUAGCUCUUCCCCCGUCCCCCGAUCCAGCCCCCAUGGCCGCCGCGCCCGCGCCCGCGCCCGCCCCCGCCCCCGCCCCCGAGGCGCCGGCCUCCGCGCAAGUGGUCGGCAACGCGUUCGUGCAGCAGUACUACCUCGUCCUGCACCAGUCACCGGAUCUGGUCUUCCGCUUCUACCAGGAGGCCAGCCGCCUCGGCCGCCCCGCCGGCGCCGGCGCCGGCGCCUUGGAUUCCGUCACCACCAUGGAGGCGAUCAACGAGAAGAUCAUGGAGAUGGACGUGGCGAAGGCGGAGAUCAGGACGGUGGACUCUCAGGAUUCGCUCGGCGGCGGCGUCACGGUUCUCGUUACGGGCCACCUCACCGGGCGCGACGGCGUGCGACGCGAGUUCUCGCAGUCCUUUUUCCUCGCCCCGCAGGAGAAGGGCUACUUCGUGCUCAACGACAUGUUUCGCUACUUCGCGGACGGCGGCCCUGCCGUCGCGGAGGCGCAUCAGGCGGACACGGACGUGGUGGUCCCGCCUGUGGCCGCCGCCCCGUUGGCCAACGGCACCGCUGCUCCAGCGGCUGUCGAGUCUGCCGCUCCUGAGCAUGAUGCCGUGCCGCAGCAGGAGCAGCAUGUUCUGGAGCGUGCGCUGUCACAGCCUGAGGAGGAGGAGGCAGAAGUUUACAACCCGCCACCAGAGGAAGCCAUCGAUGAGGAACAACCUGUUCCUGAGGUGAUAAAUGAAGUUCCCAACAAUGUGGCACCAGUGAUGGCGACUACAGUUGCCCCAGUGUCGCAUGAGGAGGUGCCAAAGAAGUCUUACGCCUCGAUUGUCAAAGUCAUGAAAGAAGUUCCAUUGCCUACACCCGCACCUCCUGCUAGGCCUGCACCACCCAAACCAGAGAAGCAGUCUCCUGCACCUGCUCCCGUCAUAGACACAGCUUUCAAUUCUAACCCUGAGAACAGCAAUAUCCUAGAGCCAGAAGUUGAUGCGCAUGCGAUAUACGUGAGGAAUUUACCUUUAAAUGCCAUUGAGACUCAACUGGAGGAUGAGUUCAAGAAGUUUGGCACUAUUAAGCAAAAUGGCAUUCAAGUCAGAAGCAAUAAGAUUCAAGGGUUCUGUUAUGGGUUUGUUGAAUUUGAGGAGCCUACUGCUGUCCAGAGUGCCAUAGAGGCUUCUCCUGUAACGAUUGGCGGUCGUCAAUGUUACAUUGAGGAAAAGAGGACACCUGGUGCGCGAGGCUCUAGCAGAGGUGGCAGAUUUGCACCAGGUAGGGGUAACAACUUCAGAAAUGAAGGUAUGAGAGGCCGUGGUAACUACAGUGGAGGAAGGGGCUACGGAAGAGCUGAGUUCAAUUACAGGUCCGAUUAUGGGGGCAGAGGUGGUGGCAGAGGCGGCUCGGCACGUGGAGCUGAUGUUGGUUACCAGAGGGUUGACCACGCCGGAUAUGCUGGUAGUCGUGGAGGUCGCACAUCAGCAGCCGCUGAUGCACCCGCAAAAUGAUGGACCAAGUAGCUGUAGUCGUCAGAUUAUUCCGAAGUCGACAUAGAGCUUCAUCAAUUGGUUAGAGUGCGGGAUUAUCAGAAAGCCAGCUUCAAAUUAUGAGGAUUCUUGGUCUUGACCACUAUUUUUGCAGGCAACAAAGAGGGGGGAAAUGAUUACUAAUUGUAGAAUACAUACCUUUUCACAUCUAGCUCUAGUUUUGGUCGUUGAUCAGCUGAUCUGUCUUUUUGUUAUUUUUGUCCCUUUUUCUUGUUAGUCCGGAGUAUUCUUUAGGUUUUUGUUACUAGUAUUCAUUUGUUGUGUCAAUUUGAGUUCAUAGCUUUUUUGUGGACUGUUGGAAUAAGUAACAAUCUAGGGUAGUUUAUUAGUAGCUAGGGUGAGAAUUUACUUGUUUUUUGCAAUGUGUCAAGGCCAAAGGAUGCUCUACUCCUUAAGGAUAUUGGUUAUUUUCUGACUA